ACAAGCCUAUAGCGGCGAUAAACGAUCUGCGGACAGCAUGUAGCGUUGAAGACUUGCCUCACCAAUUACAGUGUUUUACCUCACCAAACGAAAUCGCUCAUACAUGACUGAGCAAACGGUGAGAAAAAAAUAGUCAUACUCUGUUGUUUUUUUUAUUUCAAAAGAAGUUUCGUAACGUGUCCCUGGCCGUUGGCACUAUCCGGCUUUAGUGAGAGAUCGAGUCGAGAAGCGAAUGUGCAGUGAGUGUGCCUCGUCAAUGAGAGAUUAAUUCACAAUUGCCUUCAAUACAAUUACAAGCAGCAGUUUGUGUGUAGAGUCCUGGUAUAAAAAUGGAAGAUAAACGGACUUCUUGUACUUACCUCUGCAUUCUCCUUGCAUCAGUUCUCUUCGAUUCGGAAGCCGCUAGUUGGGGUUACCUAGAUGAUGAAAAAGGGCCCAAUAAUUGGACAGCAAUUUAUGGUGAGUGCGGUGGUAUAAAACAGUCUCCUAUUGACAUUGUAACUGCCAGUGCUGAGGCCAAUGACUUGGGCGACUUCACCUUGGUUGGCUUUGAAGCAGAUGACGUACCAGUCAAUGCAGCAAUGAUCGUGUCGAACAAUGGCCAUGUAGUUGAAGUGGCCAUGACGGGAGAUUAUCUCGUAAGCGGAGCUGGACUGGGGCCAACAGCCUACAAAGCUGUGCAGUUUCACUUCCAUUGGGGCAGUGUGAACUCUCGAGGCUCAGAGCACACCGUAGAUGGGAAGGCCUAUGCGGCGGAGUUGCAUAUCGUUUGUUACAAUACAAAAUAUGAGGAUUUCUUCACUGCUUUGAACAGUUCAGAUGGUCUGACGGUCCUGGGAUUCUUCUUAGAUGUUCAUGGAGAGGACAACCCAGCUCUUGCAUCACUAUUUGAUGCCAUCUCAUCUAUGAUCCAGUUUAAGGAUGAGAUGGUUCCCUUCUCGUCACCCAUCGUCUUCAAGAGCUUCCUCCCAAGUGACCUGUCAACGUUCUACCGCUACAUUGGUUCCCUGACCUCGCCCCCCUGUUACGAGAUCGUCACCUGGAAUGUCUUCGCCUCGCCCAUUAUGGUAUCCGAAGCACAGCUAAUGGCAUUGCGUGGACAGUAUGCCAACAAACCUGAUGCAUCGGUCAACAUCACCCUGAGAGACACCUUUCGUCCUGUCCAGUCUGUCAGUAAUCGCACCGUCUAUGUUAACACGAAAGUGAGCGCAUCCACCGAAACCAUGAACCCUACUUCCUCUGUACCAGGCUUGGUGGCAACCAUGAACGCUACUUCCUCUGCACCAGGCCUGUUUGCAACCAUGAACCCUACUUCGUCUGCACCAGGCUUGUUUGCGUUCUGGCUUGUCGCCAUGGUUAUUGCUAAGGUGAUGGUUUCGGCAAUGGAAUAAUUCGCCAAGUCUGAUUCAGUCUUUUUCUGCAUUUAUACCUUUACACAUGACUGAACCUUAGAUCUUAGCGUGGCAGGUGUUGAUUACUUGUUUUGCAUCAUUUAGAAUUUUAGGAAUAAAUAUUAUUCAUAAACAUCUAAGACAAUUUAGCCAUUCCUAUUGGUCGAGAGUAUGUCACUUGGCUGCUCUUAAAUUUAAAUAAUGAGCCAGUUCAGUUUUUCAAAACAGCAAAGUCAUUCAGGAACAAAGCGAGUUUGUGUAGAGCCGUGCAGAUAGGCGGACCUCACGCGCAUGUGAAAGACCUCGGACGCGCUUCAUUUUGGGCAUGCGCUGUUGGAGUACCAGGGUAACUCAUUGCAGAUAAAGCACCGAUUGGCUGUGUCCAUGAAGAGUGCACAAAGUGAGUGCCAGUCUCCAAAUAAGGAAACUGCUUAGGACUUUUUUAUGAGAAGAACAUUCCGUAAAACCCAGAGGGGUUUUCAAAAAAAGUGAAGUGAAAUUCUUGAACAAAAUCAUUGGAAAUUUAUAAUGUUUAAAACUUGUUGUGACUUUACGACUUAAAAGGUGGUAUUUGGGAAUAGAAUUCAAUAAUGUACUUUCCUAGUUAUUUGAGAAUGAAUAUAAUUCAAUAUUGUACUUACCCAGUUAUUUGAGGCUGGCCCUGGAGAAUGGACAUUAAAUUCCCUCGCCUUCGGUUUGGGCAUUUUCAGCAUCAAUAUUUUAUGAUCUGGUAAAUAAGUGAUAUUUAAGACAAGCCAAACUCAGAGCCACGACGCGACGCUGCGACAGCUCUGUCGCGUCCUGCUGUUGCGUCGUGGCGUCGCCUCCUUUUUCAUUAAUUUUAUACUGCGUAUAAUGUAUUACGUUGUGCCGUCGUGGUGUCGCGUCGUACCGUUGCGUUGUGCCGUCGACCUCAUGCGUCGUUGCCUUCAGCCGUCGCGUCGUGUAGUCUCAUCGUGCCGUUGCGUCGUGCCGUCGCAAUGUGCUCUCGACGUCGCCUCAUACUGGUAGAAAUAGGAGGCGCCCUUAGAGACAGAGUCAAGUGCAAUUUUCAUUUUUCAUGAUCAAAUCUUGUAGGCCCUAUUGGUGCAUUCCAUCUAAUCGUUGUAUUCCUGGGCGAGAGCUCAUUAAUAUUUUAUGAUCCCACGGGGAUUUUACAAUAACACAUGCCAUAAUCAUGAGGGAACAUAGAAAUAUUUCUAUAAAUCACGAAUUUGGGACUAAUCGUUUCCACUUCGGGGUAUUUCUUUAACAAAAAGCCCCAAAUUGUGGACCUAUUUUGGAGAGAGGCGGGCGGCUACAUUCAGAGCUGAGUACACAGUUUUACUACUCUUUGGGGGUAUCUUGGGGAAAAGGUGAAUAAAAAAAGUUCACGUGGCUAACCCCCAUAAAAUUGAAAUGAUCUUCUGGCCAUAGUCUUGAAUUUCCAAAUUAAUCAUUUAAUUUUUAAAACCACUUUGGCCGAUAAAUAAUAUUUCAGACGGUCCCAAGCAUUAUAGCACAAGGCGUGCAGAAACCUUCUGAAUGUGCGACUCACAUGUCAAAAGCUGCUCCGUCUUCCAAACUUGAUUUUACCAUUGAUCUCUGGCAAUUCUCUUCUGCGCACACUUCAACCAUUAUUCUUUCCAUAUUUAUCCAUUCCGGGGGCAGAAUCCCGUUUUUUUCUUCGAAAUCUGACGAUUGAAGUACAAUAGCCUCAACCAGCAGUUUUGAAAUCUCCGUUUGGAAGUGCAUGUAACUAAAUUCGCAACGCUGGUUAUUUACCCUCCUGAAAAUAUGCACACGCGGGACGCGUUUAUGGACGCGAUGUCCUAUCCAGUCUUUUUAUUGGAGAUCAGUAAGUAUAACCCUACAUGCACGCAAAUAAUUUUUUCCCAGGACUUGUGACAUACGCCCUCAGUAAUCACCAGGCAUUUUUAGAAAUAGUCAGGCACGAAACGACGGACGACGACACUAUAAUUUCGACGCGACGACAGGACAUCAGGACGCGACAGCACGACGGCAGGACGUGACGGCCUAACCCACACUGCAUAAAAACCAUACAAUGACAGGCGACGCGACGCUACGACGGCACGACGGGACGGUACGAUGCGACAUCAUCAAGAAACAACACCACGCGACGCCAAGACGGCACGACAAAAUGUAUUCAACACAGCAUAAAAGUAACGAGAAAAGAGGUGACGCCACGACGCGACGGGACGACGUGACGGAGCUGUCAUAGCGUCGCGUCGUGGUGUCGGGGUGACGGGACGACGCGACGCAAUUUUGGCGGCUAUAGAACACCAUAAUUUUGGCGUUGCUCAGAACGCGUCAGGUGGGGGCAAGGAUCGCGGUCAGAGACAUAUUCAGUUCUUCCUUACACCUCGUAUUAUAUGGUUGACGGUAAUCAGCAUCAUAUAUAACUGAUCUCAGAGGUGUGGUUUCGUGACAUCAGCUGUCUGUCUUUUUUUUUACUGACGUGUUUGUUGAGCAUGUCAUGCUUAUCGUAGAUAACUGAUUGAUUAUUUUAUUAUUGACAAGUUUCCUGAUUUAUUCUUUAGUAUUUUAUUACGUGUUUCAUGCUUUAUUAUUUACAAUAAUGUGUAACCAAGACGUAUAACUGCCUGUAAUUCAUAUGCAUGUAAUGCCACCAGUAAAGGUCACUGUCAUUUAGGGUCGAUUUUAGUAAAGAAUAAACAAUAUAAACAGCAGCAAAGUGUUGAUCUGCGGUCUUAGUAUUAAACAUCGGUCCAACCUCUGCAUGUGCUUCUUACCCGUUGAUCUGGCGAAAGAAGUUAACCCAUCCAGUUGUCCGCUAUCGUGGAAGUUACUGCAUUCAUAAGGCUGUUAUACAUGUAUUAUAUUGAAGGAUUUAGGGAGGAUUUUUGUCCAGAUGAGACUCUUGUGCGUCACUUUGAGAAAACUUGUAUCUGUUAUUUGGGAAAAUGGGCAGGAAAAUUGUGGUAAUCGUUUUAAUAGAUAACUUCAAGGUUGAAAACUGUAAAUGGUGGUUAUUUAUCUGUUGCAUCUGGAACAUUAAAAUUCAGUCGUUGCAAAAGGA